CAUAGUUCACAACCUAAGCAUUCAUUAAUUUUUGCUGUGAUUCAUAGAUUAAUUAGAACAUUAUCAGAAAAGCAGUUAUACAGAACCCAUAGCCCAAGGAGCUCAUGAUCUGUGAAGUACGUCCUCUUUGAGAAGGAAGCAUAACACGGGCACUCUGCCAGGGACCUCCAGGGAGCUUAGUCCUGUGGGACACGUAUCUCCCGUCCAUUAUUAUUGACAUAAUUGUUCAUGUCACACGGAUGACACUGGAGUUGGUGUGGCAGAUGUCCUCUGAGUUGGGCCUGGGAACAAGUCCUAAGUCUUUAGACAUCAACCCUGUGCCACAGUCACAAGAGAUAAAACCUUCUGAGGGGCGCACAGAAACCAAGCUGCUAGAUGAGCCCACUCCGGAAUUCAAGCAUAAGCCUAGACUGCAAGGUAGGGCAUCCUGUGACCCGAGUACAGGGCCACAGAUUCACUGUAAAAAUGUUAUGGCACCUAACACCAGAACACAAAAUGUAGAAUUAUCUGAGUUGCACCCUGGUCCAGACCUUCAAGGUAUAAAAUCUAAGGUGUUCUGCCUGGGGCAGCACUUGGAAGAUGUGAAUUCUGCAUGCAUUCCCAAUGCAAAUUCUCAAUAUAUAAACUCCAGUGGGUGUAAAUGUGAGCCAUAUUUACAAGAUAUAAAUAACUCUGCAUGCAUUCCAGAGCCAGACCCUCAAUGUAUAAAGUCUGUGUGCAAUCCUAGGCCACAUUUACAUGGAAUGAAUUCUUCUGUAUGCAUUUUAGGACCAAAAUUGCAAAGUGCAGAUUAUACUGGAUGCAUCCAUGAGCCAAACUGGCAAGAUGUAAAUUCUUCUGUAUGCACACCAGGGCCAAGUCCUCAGUGUGUGAAUUCUUCUGUAUGCACCCCAAGACCAAGUCCACAGUGUGUGACUUCUUUUGUAUGCACCCCAGGGACAAGGCCUCAGUAUGAGAAUUCUUCUGUAUGCAUCCCAGGGACAAGUCCUCAGUGUGUGAAUUCUUCUGUAUACACCCAAGGGCCAAGUUCUCAGUGUGUGAAUUCUUCUGUAUGCACCCCAGGGCCAACUCCUCAGUGUGUGAAUUGUUCUAUAUGCACCCCAGAGCUAAGUCCUCACUGUGUGAAUUCUUCUGCAUGUUCCCCAGGGCCAAGUCCUCCAUGUGUGAAUUCCACUGAGUGCCAUCCUGAAGCAUAUAUGCAAGGUGUGAAUCAAUGGGCAUCAAUUCUAAGGCCACACAUUCAGUGUGUAGGUUCUACUGGGCGCAAUCCUAAAUCACAUUAUCAAGGUGUGAAUCCUUCUUCACUCAAUCCAGGGCCAAACCCUCAGUGUGAACAUUCUAAUAAUAGGUGUAGUCUUGAGCCACUUCUUCUUGGUAUGAAUCCUGGUACAACAUUUCCAGCACCACAGAUUAUGUGUGUAAGUUCUGUUCGGGGCAAUACCAAAACACAUUGGCAAGAUGUGGAUUCUUCUUCCUGUACUAGAAGACAAGAGUCACAGUCUGUAAAUUCCACCGGAUACAACCCUGGGCCACAUUUACAAGCCCCGAAACCUCAAGAUAUGAAUUUUUCUGAGUUGAACUCAGGGACAGGAAUUCAAAGAGAGAUGCCUAUAAUAGUUAACCAAGGACGACACAUACAAGAUUUGAAGCUUGAAUCAACUCCAGGGUCAUCUCACUUAACGAUAGGGGCAGAGUUUCAAGAGAUCCCAUUUUUGAAGAACCAACUUGGGUCGUGGCUGCAAACUGCACAACCUGUGUUCACUUUGAGGCCUCUGUCAAAUGGUGUGAAAUCUGUGGGAGUUUCACCAACCCCACUGCCUGAAGAUAGAAUGUCUCCAGAGAUGAGCAAACAGCCAUUGCUUUGUUUGACAAAUUCUGUAAAACUGACACCUGGCUGCAGUCUGCAGGACUUGAGAAGUAAGGAAUUUUCACCAGAACCUUGUUUCCAAAAAGUUAAAUCUGUGAAGUUGAAGCCAGGUUCACCGACUCCAAGUGUGAACCCUUUAGAGUUCGCUCCAUGCCACUGUUCUCAACGUACUAAGACUUCCUUUGCACAGAAGCCAUGUGUUCAUGAAAGAAAGCCUAUGCAGCUGAGACUAGGCUCCCAACAGCAAAGCAUGGAUUGCCAACAGUUUCCUUUAAAUGAGAAACCAGUGGUAUCAACACCAGAGUCCAUGGGGAACGUCUUAGGACCAGCACUGUCUAGUAUCAAAUUUUCAAAUUUGAUUCCAGAAUCAGGAAUUGAAUCAAUAAAAGUAACCCAUCAUCAGCAUCAAACCAUGGAAUUAAAGAGCAUGGCCUCAAGAUAGAGUCAAGUCACAGAUACCUGGAGGUAACUCCUGAGGCAUUGUUUUAAGUCAUGGAUUCCAUGAGGAUGAUUGACAAAUUAAGUCCACAUGGCAUAGAACCAGUAGGAAUAGCCCCAAAGCCACAAUACCAAGUCAUGGAAUCAGUGAAGAUGGAUACACUGCAUAACUAUGAAGCCAUAAGACCAGGAUGUAUGAGUCGAGGGGCACAGCAGACGGUUGUGGAAGCUGUGGAAAUGAUUCCCUAGCCUCAGCAUAAAGACAUGGGAACACUGACCAUGACCUUGGGGUCACAGAAUCAAGCCACAAAACACAUCAGGAUUGUUCCAAGUCCAGUACAUCAAAAUGCAAUGGAAAUUAGCUCAAGUGCACUGCCUGAAGACACUGAAGAUACAAAAGUGUCUCCAGUGGCAAAACAAGCC